CCGCUCGCGGCCGGCUCCGCUCCCGCCGCCGAUCGCCGCCCGAAGCUUGGGCAAGAUGGCAGAAGCUCACCAGGCCGUGGCCUUCCAGUUCACCGUCACCCCAGAUGGCAUCGACCUGCGCCUGAGCCACGAGGCCCUGAAACAGAUCUAUCUGUCUGGGCUUCACUCCUGGAAAAAGAAGUUCAUCAGAUUCAAGAAUGGCAUCAUCACUGGCGUGUACCCGGCCAGCCCCUCCAGCUGGCUCAUCGUGGUGGUGGGUGUGAUGUCAACCAUGUAUGCCAAGAUCGACCCCUCGCUGGGGAUCAUCGCAAGAAUCAGCCGGACGCUCGACACCACCGGCUACAUGUCCAGCCAGACCAAGAACGUGGUCAGCGGCGUGCUCUUCGGCACGGGCCUGUGGGUGGCCCUCAUCGUGACCAUGCGCUACUCCCUGAAGGUGCUGCUGUCCUACCACGGCUGGAUGUUCGCCGAACACGGCAAGAUGAGCCGCGCCACCAGGGUCUGGAUGUGUAUGGUCAAGGUCUUUUCCGGCCGGAAGCCAAUGCUGUACAGCUUCCAGACGUCUCUGCCGCGCCUGCCCGUCCCCGCCGUGAAGGACACCGUGAACAGGUAUCUGGAGUCCGUGCAGCCGCUCAUGAAGGAAGCCGACUUUAAGCGGAUGACAGUUCUCGCGCAGGACUUUGCUGCCAACCUUGGCCCCAAAUUACAGUGGUAUCUGAAGUUAAAAUCCUGGUGGGCGACGAAUUACGUGAGCGACUGGUGGGAGGAGUACAUCUACCUGCGAGGCCGGGGGCCGCUGAUGGUGAACAGCAACUACUACGCCAUGGACCUGCUGUACAUCACCCCCACGCACAUCCAGGCAGCCAGGGCUGGCAACGCCAUCCACUCCAUCCUGCUGUACAGACGCAAGCUGGACCGGGAGGAGAUCAAGCCGAUUCUCCUUCUGGGGUCCACAAUCCCGCUCUGCUCCGCCCAGUGGGAGCGAAUGUUCAACACCUCUCGCAUCCCGGGCGAGGAGACGGACACCAUCCAGCACGUGAGGGACAGCAAGCACAUCGUGGUGUUCCACAGGGGCCGCUACUUCAAGGUCUGGCUCUACCACGACGGCAGGCUGCUGAGGCCCCGCGAGAUCGAGCAGCAGAUGCAGCGGAUCCUGGACGACCCGUCCCAGCCCCAGCCGGGGGAGGCGAAGCUGGCGUCCCUCACCGCUGGGGAGAGAGUCCCCUGGGCCAAAUGCCGCCAGGCCUAUUUCGGACGUGGGAAGAACAAGCAGUCUCUGGAUGCUGUGGAGAAAGCCGCCUUCUUCGUGACGCUGGACGAGACCUCGCAGGGCUACAAGAGGGACGACCCCGUCAGGUCCCUGGACAGCUACGCCAAGUCCCUCCUGCACGGCAGGUGUUUCGACAGGUGGUUCGACAAGUCAUUCACCUUUAUCGUCUACAAAAACGGCAAGAUGGGCCUGAACACGGAGCACUCCUGGGCCGACGCGCCCAUCGUGGGGCACCUCUGGGAGUACGUCAUGGCCACCGACUGCUUCCAGCUGGGCUACGGGGACGACGGGCACUGCAAGGGUGAAGCCAACCCCAGCAUCCCGCCCCCCACCCGGCUGCAGUGGGACAUCCCGGAGGAGUGUCAGGAGGUGAUAGAAACCGCCCUGAGCAGCGCAACCCGGCUGGCGGACGACGUGGACUUCCACACUUUCCCCUUUGACGUCUUCGGGAAGGGCCGCAUCAAGAAGUGCCGCACCAGCCCCGACGCCUUUGUGCAGCUCGCCCUGCAGCUGGCACACUACAAGGACAUGGGCAAGUUCUGCCUCACCUACGAGGCCUCCAUGACGCGGCUGUUCCGGGAGGGGCGGACAGAGACCGUGCGCUCCUGUACCACCGAGUCCUGCAACUUUGUCCUGGCCAUGGUGGACCCUGCCCAGACGGUGGAGCAGAGGCGCAAGUUGUUCAAGAUGGCGUCGGAGAAGCACCAGCUGAUGUACCGCAUGGCGAUGACCGGCUCUGGCAUCGACCGCCACCUCUUCUGCCUCUACGUGGUGUCCAAAUAUCUCGCUGUCGACUCCCCAUUCCUGAAGGAAGUCCUGUCUGAGCCAUGGCGCCUGUCCACCAGCCAGACCCCACAGCAGCAGGUGGAGCUGUUCGACCUGGAGAGGAACCCGGAGUACGUGUCCUGCGGAGGGGGCUUCGGGCCGGUGGCCGACGACGGGUACGGCGUGUCCUACAUCAUCGUGGGUGAGAAUUUCAUCAACUUCCACAUCUCCUCCAAGUUCUCCUGCGCUGAAACAGACUCGCACCGCUUCGGGAAGCACAUCAGAGAAGCCAUGAUGGACAUCAUCGCGCUCUUUGGUGUCAGCUCCAAUUCCAAAAAGUAACCCCCGCCAGCCGCCGUGAAGGAAAAUGAGCUCUCCUGAUAAAAACCAAAUGAAAAAUAGCCGUCGACCCUGGUUGGAUUCGGGAUGAAAAUUGCUCUUUAAAACUCAGAGGUUUUCCUUCUGCCGAGGGGUGGGUGUCUUUGUUUCUCUAGCACGGCGGGCUCGACCCUGGGGGGCGGGGCCUCCCACUUCCAGGCAGGGCCCGACAGCGGGAAGGUUCCAUCAAGUGCCCGAAAGUCCUGUGUCAACCUGUAUUUAUUAAGGGAUUAAAGUACCGUUGCGCUAAUUUAGGUGGUAGCGGGGUUGUGACUUCUCACGCACCGGAAAUGAAACGACGGUUCCUCGGUGUCCGCCGAGGGCCUGGGCCCGGGCGGCGGGGAGCGCUCUCGCGGCAGACACCGUGUGCAGAGAAAGGCGUUGUUUAGCUCAGAGAUGUUGACAGUCAAUAACCGUUAGUAACGCACUAACCCAGGUCCUGCGCUGCGUGGACGGCGGCCCCCGGCCCCCCCAACCCCGUCCUCUCUGGUUGAGCUGCCUGGCUGCCUCCCCCGGGACGCGACUAGCGUACCUCCUCUUGCUCCCUGCACCCCCGUAUCUUCAAAACCCAGUGCCUUAACACGUGAGACAGGCCCCAAAUGUGAGGGAGACCGAGGAGAGGUUCAUUCUGUGGUGCCUCGGGGCGAAACUGUGGGUUCUACUGAGUGUGGACCACACCCCGCGGCCGGUUCCCCAGGAGGGCCCUGCGCCCGCACCCGCCUUACGCAACACAGGAAAGAAUGAGCAUGUGGCAGGAAUGGGGAGCAAGGGCGGUGAUGCGUAAAGGGAGCGUGUGGGGCAUGUUGGCCAAGGAAUCCAAUUCCACGACCGCCUGGGGUCACUGCUGCCCUUGACUGACCAAGGAGAGCAUGACCUUUGUCAGGACAACAUUAAGAAAGGGGAGGAGUGACCUUGAGAUCGGGAGGGCGGCCCAGUGGCCCAGGAGGGGUGGCCACGCCGAUCAGGUCACCCCGGUGGGCGCCGGGGCCGCACAGGCCUCCGCACAUGGGCGUGUGCCUUUAUCAAGAGAAUCUCAUUGACCAAAAAGCAGCCAUGCACUGAGUCGUCUCCAAUAUUUAAGCAUAAGGGAUCGUGGGGAGAGCGGCCCUGCAGGGUGCACAGCGCUUGCCGCAGACCCCAUGCCGCCCUGCUCGUGCCCUAUUACCAUGGGAAACCCCGCCUAAAUGGAUCAAAGACUUUUUCUCUUAAAAGCGGGAAGAAAUGAAAAGAGAAAAAAAAUAAUCACACCCCCUCCCCGUUUCUCUGUGGUAUAUAAAGUCGAGCAGGUGGGGUUCCCCCCCCCCCCCCGCCAGCUUGGCUUCCCCUGGAAGCCGGCCUCGGCCACCAUCAGGCCCGCCCAAGGCCUCUGACCUUGGGGCAGCGUGGCCUGGCCUCCCGCGUGGCAGCACACGCAGCCCACGCAGACCUGGGCUUGUUUCAGGUGUUAAAUGUUUCAAGCGUCACCUCGUUGCUCAUCAGUGCAGUCGUCAAUGCAAUUUUAUAUUCUUCAAAGGAAGGGAGACUGGGUUUUUAUUGUACGUGCUGGAGGGGCGGCGGGAGGAUUGUGUAUUUAGUUUGGAACAAGCCACCGUCUCGGGCUGUGGCUGCCUUUGUUCUCGGACUCCACUGCGUGUAAAUACGAGGGGCUCCUCGGUGUCUCUCUUCCCAGAAGUGCAGUGUGAAUGUUAACAUUAAUAAAGACAUUAAUCCCUGUCUACUCCAUGCUCGGGUCUGUCUUGCU